AUGAAAAUCAUCAUUCGUUAUUGUUCGCAAUGGGGUAACAUGAGUACCAAAACGUGUACGGUUAAUCCCAACAUCAAAGUGGCCCAAUUGAAAUAAUAAAUCGCCCAACUCACUGAUAUUCGAGAGGAGGAUCAGACAUUGAUCCUAAACGAACACACUCUUGAGGACGAUCGGCAUCUUUUCAGCUACAACCCAGAAGAUUGUCAAUUCAUUUAUGUGAAUAGGGAAAAUCAAGCAGUCGAAGAAGAAGCCCCUGAAACAGAGGUUCUGGAAGUUCAGAAAGGCUACAAUCGUAUGAAAGGAUAUGAGAAGUUGGGCAUUGUGCAUGAGGACUCCGAAGAAGAAGAUGACACUCGAAAAAAAUCUGUAGGAAUGCACAAAUCCUAAAUGGAAAUCGCUGCUGAAUUCAUUAAGCUAGUCAAGUGCAAUGACAUUCCAGCAGUUAAGGCGAUGGUGAGCAAUCAUAAAAGUCCGUCCUUCGAUAUUAUCAACGACAGAUAAUAUUGUGGAUUUAGUGGAUUCCACUAUGCUAAUCAAUAAGGUCACGAAGAACUGGUUGUCUAUCUCAUUGAGGAAGGUGCUGAUAUUAAUUUCUGUACCAAAGACAGACAAUCCCCACUUCAAUUGGCUUUAAAAAACUCUAAAAUAGAAUGUGCUAAACUUCUGCUUAGCAAGUAGGUUUGCGAUGUGAAUUAUUGUUCAUAAGGCAAGAGUGCCUUACAAUUGGCAGUCCAAAAAGGUGAGUUAGACAUAGUAGAACUGAUUCUCAAACACCCCAACUUCGAUGCUCAGGCAGUUGAUUUGAGUGAAAUUAAAGGAGAUCAGCAUGCUACUCAGUUGGUCACUUACCAUUGUUAAUAGAAGUUGAAUAAGGCUCAAGAACUGGUUAAGCCCAAGGCUCAAAAGGGAUACAUCAAAAAAGUGAACGUGAUGAAGUUCUUUCACUAUAAACGUUACUUAACAUUAGAUCCAGAGGCAGGUACUCUGUGUAGGUACAAAACGGAAAGUGACUGUCCUCUUAAUCCAAUUGAGACGAUAGCUUUGUCCACUAUAGUUACUGUGUGGAAUCCUAAGAGGGAAUGGUAUAUGAAGAGUGAUCACGAAUAUUUGAGUGUUUCUUUUAAAAAGAGUGGAGUAGAGAUACUGUUAUUUUGUUCCAAGAGCAAGACUACGAUUUUGAGUUGGAAGAAGAGUCUUGAAGACUCGAUUCUGUAUUACAAGGAGACUGAAAGGAAGAUAGCUCAAUUAUCGAUACAAGGAGACAUAAUGGCAUUGAAUCAAUACAUCGGCAAUGGUGGUGGCGGAUAGUUUAACCUAAUUGCAGACUCUCGAUGUUAAUCAUUGAAUGAAAACGCUGCUUAACACUUAAAAGUGGAAGCUCAAUAAGUCUAGGAACAAAUGUAAUAAUAAUAGUAAUAAUUGUAAUAAUAACAACAAUAACAACAAUUAUCUCCAGUCCGCACUCUUUCUCCAGUAGAAGGAAACCAUGGGAAUGAAUCACACAAGUAGUACUUAAUACAUUAUUCAAUCAUCAAACAGGUUGGAUAAGGAGCAUUUGGCAAAGUGUUCUUGGUGAAAUACAACCCUACUAAUUAAGUGUAUGCUAUGAAACAGUUAAACAAGAGAAAAUUGUUGCAGAAGAAGCAAGUCAAAUUUGCAGUCACUGAAUGUGACAUCUUGAAGUAGGUAGAUUCACCUUACAUUGUGAAUCUGUUCCAAUCUUUUUAGACUCUCAACAAUCUCUAUUUAGUGAUGGACUAUUGCGGUGGAGGAGACCUAUCGUUUCAUCUGUAUAAACACAAAACCUUCAAUGAAGCCACAUGCAAGAUCAUCAUCAGGCAAUUGAUGAAGGCAGUGGAAUACUUGCAUAGCAAAGAUAUCAUCUACAGAGAUCUAAAGCCUGAGAAUGUCCUCAUCGACAAUGAAAGUAAGAUUAAGUUAGUUGAUUUCGGACUAUCUAAACAAACUGAAAUUGGAAAGGCUAGAACCUUUUGUGGUUCGCCUGCUUAUCUUGCACCAGAAGUGCUUUCAUAGAAGGGAGCAGUACAAGCUACAGAUGUUUAUGGAAUAGGCACAGUGUUGUACGAGUUACUGAUUGGGGAACCUCCUUAUUUUAGUGAGGAUUUAGACACUUUAUAUAACAACAUCAGGAACGAUAAUUUGGAGAUCCCAACUCGAUUGAGCAAACCAUGCCAAUCCUUAUUGUAGAGUUUGUUGCAGAAGGAAGCCAAUAAGAGGAUUGGGUGCAAGAUUCCGUCCUAAGUCAAUUGGAAUAUCAUUAAACAGCACGAGUGGUUGGAUUGGGACAACCCUUAGGAGAAGGUCAAUUUUGGAUUGACUCAAGAGAACUUGGCUAGCGUUGUUAAGAAUUAUACUCAUAAUUUGGGUGACACCGAUUACUCCGAGGAAAAUUAUAAACUUAAUAGAAUAGUCGGGUGGACAUUUGCCAGGGUUGUUUGAUUAAAUUAUAUUUAUGUUUGUCAUCUAUAUAGAUAUAUAAGGGA